UUUCCUGGGUUUCCGGGACGUCUUAUAUUUUGUGUUUUUAAGCCGUAGAUAAGUGUUAUUUAUUGUCCGAAAAUGGAUCAGUAUCCUACCGAAGAGGAGGAAUAUGAGCUGGUGUACGGGGAUGACCUGGACGCGAUGAACGACAUGGACAGUGAGCCACCACCGGAACCAAAAGGUGGUCCACCGGCACCAAGAACCCCUUCCAAUGCACUACGGUUUGCGAGGGCCUCAAGUGUUUCCUCAAACUAUCGAACACCCGGGCAGCUGGGAACGAUCGACGAAAGUCCACUCGCUAGUCCGGCCCUUUCAAUUAUCACGCGUGGCAGCAGCACCACGCACAAGCGCUUGUUCGAUACACCCGGCCCGUCGUCGGCGUCCUCCUCGAAGGGCGUGUACGGUCGUGCCGCAUCGACACCUUUCCCUGGUGCCACUAACUCGCAAGAGAACGCACUUCAAGCUUUGCAGCAAAUCGACGCCAACCCACGGAAGCGGCGCCUGGAAGCGCUGUUCGGUGACAUUCAGGACAUCGAGGAGGAACCACUCGAGCUGUACGAGUACAGUUUACAGAAGAAAACGAAAACCGAGGAAGAGCAAGACAUGGAGCUGAUCGAGCGGAUACUGGAGGCACGUCAGCGAUUCAACACGGUUGCGAAUCCUUCCAAACCGUCCAUGCUUUCCCGGGCCGAAGCGUUGCAUCGCUUUAAGAUGGACAACAUUUCCCGUGAGCCACCAAAAUGGCCAUCGAUGACGGUGCGGAGAAACGAUCAAACCGUCUACGUGCGCUUCCACUCGGAGGAGUUCGAGAAGAAGCAAAUCGAUGAGCUAAACUGCGCGAAGGACGGAUACAAUGGUCUUCUGGGGGCGGACAAGGAACGCAUCUGGCGGGAGGCAAAUGAAAUUGUUGCAAAACGCCUAACAGAACCGAUCAAUGCAAUCGAAACUCCUUCACCGGGUGUGGAGGAAAUUAUCAUUCCGAGCGAAAGUGGAAGUGUUUUGUGGGUGGAAAAAUAUCGACCCCGCCGAUACAUCGAUCUGCUCUCCGAUGAAACGACCAACCGAAGCCUGCUCCAGUGGUUGAAGCUUUGGGACAAGGCGGUGUUUAACCGGGAGCCGAAAAAGGCGAAGGACGCCAACAAACCACAGCAUCAGCAGCAGCAGCUGAACAGCUUCAACAAGAGAACCGGACGCUUCGAGUCUAACGGUGGUUGGGUGAAAGGUGGAGGACGUAAACCGCGCUCGACACUAAACACCGAACUGGACGAAAACGGAUGUCCGGUGCAGAAGGUGGCCCUACUUUGCGGACCCCCUGGUCUCGGAAAGACCACACUGGCGCACACAAUCGCCCGACAUGCGGGAUAUACGGUGCGGGAGGUAAACGCCUCGGACGACCGAAGCCCGGACGCAUUUCGGUUGGUGCUGGAGAACGGUACGCAAAUGAAGUCGGUGUUGAACGAGGAAAAGCGACCGAACUGUAUCGUACUGGACGAAAUCGAUGGCGCACCGGUGGCCGCAAUUGAGUUUCUUCUCCGUUUCAUCGCCGGCAAUGGUCCUGCGGGACAGAAAGGGGGCGGCAAAAAGGCAGGCUCCGGUAAGGCGACCCGUGAUAAGUUUGUACUAAAGCGACCGAUCAUUUGCAUCUGCAACGACAUGUACGCACCGGCGCUGCGACAAUUACGACUGGUGGCGUUUGUGGUCAAUUUCCCACCGACGGAAUGUUCCCGGCUUGCUGAUCGGUUACUUACCAUCGCGAAAAGGGAAGAUAUAACGACGGAUCUCUCAUCGAUGAUGGCGCUGGCGGACAAAACCGGCAACGAUGUUCGAGCUUGCCUUUCGAUGUUACAAUUUUUCGCCUGUGCGAAAAAGCCCAUCCGCCUAACCGAUGUACUGAAGUGUAACGUUGGCCAGAAGGAUCGCCAGAAGGGACUGUUCAGUAUAUGGUCAUCGAUUUUCCAGAUACAACGCCCGAAGAAAACGAUUACCGCGGAUCCGGAUGCAACGGUCACGGACGUUGUCACCCUUACCGACAUGUCGGCGGCGACCCGCAUGUCCAACGUGCUGGAGGUGAUCACGAUGGCGGGUGACUACGAGCGGUUGAUGCAGGGUGUGUACGAAAACUAUCUCCACCAGAAGAUGCCCGACGCGGACAUGUGCGGCGUGGCGGAAGCGACCGAGUGGUUCUGCUUCAACGAUCGGCUGCAGCGGACGCUCCACCAGCUGCAGAACUACGCCAUCUAUCCGUACCUAUCGUACGCGUUCGUCAUGUGGCACUAUCUGUUCGCAACGAUGGCCUGGCCGAAAAUCAAUUUCCCCAGCAAAGGAUACGAGCACACACAAAAACUGGCCAGUACGAAGCUUGUGUUGACCGGGCUGCGGAAAGGAAUUUCGGCCUACCUGAAGGGCAUCGGCGAGGGUUCGCGGGUGCUCGUCGAGACGAUUCCAUUGCUGAAGCGCGUCAUCAACCCGUCGCUGCGGUCUGUCUCCGUGCAGUUACUUACACAGAAAGAAAAAUCCGAUCUUACACACACGGUCGAGGUGAUGGCUGACUUUGGGCUGAACUACAUCCAGCUGAAAACCCCCGAAGGCACGUACCAGUAUCAGCUCAAUCCGGAUCUCGACCAACUGUGUCACUUCAACGGGAUGGCACCGCAAAGCUCUACCUACUUUGGCAAGCAGAUUGUCGCGCGUGAAGUUGAGCUGGAGCAGAUGCGCCGGGCCCAACCGAAGGUGGUAGGUGAUGGCGGUGCGGGCAAGGUGGCCACAAAACCGGGAACCAAUCGCUCGAAGGAGAACAGAAUGGGAACGGCAGGACUGUUCGGUAAGGGCAAACCGGCGAAGGAUGCUCAGAAGACGUCUCCCCCAGAGCUGCCGAACCAUCUGCGCACCCUGAAACCGAAGCAAAUUGUGCAGAAAACGAAACAAGUGACUUCGAAGGACUUUUUCGGUCGUAUCUGCACGAAGGAAACGGCGCUCCCGGUCAAGGAGGGUGGAACCGAUGCAAUUGUGAAGAGCCCCAUCUGGUAUCGGUACAAGGAAGGUUUUAACAACGCCGUGCGGAAGGACAUCACCCUGCAGGACCUCAUGUGAACCACAGAAAACAGUGAAGACUUUUAUUUAUGCGAAAAGGUGGUUCGAAGAAUAGUAAUAUUUUUUUUCAUUGCGACAUUUUUUUGUAAAUAAAGAUCGAUCGAAAGCUUGAAGAAAGACA